CUCCCCUUCCCGCCAUCCGUCGCUUUCCCCCCGAAUCUUCUCCCCCUCUCCCCGCUCACCAGCCUCCCCCCAUCCCUCCGCCCUCUCCCCCAAGCCCCUUGGCGCCUCCCUUCUCUCCAUCCGCGCCCCUGUAGGCGCGCAGGGGGGAGCAGACCCCCCAGGGGUUUGUGGGGGUGAGGGUGGUGCUGAUGCUGAGGAUGGAGGGGUGGCUGCACCGGUUCAGGGGGAUAGUGCAAGGUUCAAUGCGGUGAUGCGCUUUGGGGGUCAGGGCAGUGCGCGGGCAGGGAGUGGAUUGGUUGCAGAUGGGGAUGUGGGGAGUGGCGUAGCCCCAAACGUCUCUGGUGAUUCCAACGCCACGACAGCAGCGGUAGCUAAAGCCUCUGCCACCAUCCUGGACACAACUGCUGCACCCGCGGAUGCUGCUGCUGCUGCGUCUGCUGCUGCUGUUGUAGCAGCGGGAGGUGCUGCUGAUGAUGAUGCGAACAUAGCAGUUACAGCUGCAGUUGAAGCUUCUGCUACCACCCUGGACGCAACCACUUCACCUCCGGAUGCUGCUGCUGCUGCUGCUGCUGGCACCUUCCUCUGCUCUGCUGCUGCACCUGCCGCUGCUGCACCUGCUGCUGCUGCACCUGCUGCUGCUGUUACGCAAGAGGAAGAGGAUGAGGACGCCCUUCUCUUAUCCCAGCUUGGGAUCCCCUCGCAUCAUGCCCCCCAGGCGCAUACAGUCACACUCGUUUAAGUGCAUCAGCGGCAGUGGCAACACCGUCACACAGCGCAGAGGCAGCUACCAGAUGGUCAGGGCGAGUAGCGAUCCUGGCCCUCCAUCCGCAUCCGCGGAUGAUCCAACGGCUGACGUCACCUCUCCCCGCCUUUCCACGCCUCCUCCCCGUGUUUUCACUCUCCCCCGUCUCGCCACGCCCCCCCGCCCCCCCUCGCGGGCGGGCUACAGUAAACUGCAGGUGGAGCUCGCCAUCGCCACCACUGUAUCAGAUUUUAUCGGAUUUGAUCUGUU